AUGCUCUCCAAAAAGCAGUGGCCCGUGGCCCUGCUCACCAUCCUCCUCUCCCUCAUCCCCGCCCAAACUGCCGCCGCAGGUCUCCUCCGCCCACGCGACGUCGUCCACGAAUGGGUCACCAUCGACGGCGGCGGCAAGCCCAUCACCAAAAAGGUCUCCGUCACCACUAAGAAUGGCGCCGUCUCCACCGUAGCCGGCGUCCCCUACAUCCUCACCGGCACAGUUUACACCAUGUCGAGUGCGGGGACGCUUACCACCGCAACAGGGAGCCCGCCGCCGCCGACGGCUACGGCGACGAAUGGGGCCGGGGGCCAGUUUGCCGUUUGUGAUGGGAAGUGGGGAGUUGAUGGGCCGUUUUGCCAGCCUUUUGCGAAUAGUCGGUUGAGCCUUGGGAAGACAUAUCUAGUCACCUGGGACACCACCUUCUUCGCCAGCGAGAACCAAGACCAACAAAUCACCAUCUCUGCCCGCUGGGUUCCCUCCAACGGAAACAUAGUAUCUGUGACGGCUCGCGCAGGUGACGGCUUUGUCCCCUUUACAAUCACCGAGGCCUUCAUGCGCGGCUCUAACGGUGCCAAGUCCAUCGCCAUGGUCAUGAAGUACGGCACGGCGGCGGAUCCCAAGGAGACCGAGGGCCCGCGCAUCUACGUCGUGCGCGAUGAGAUCUCCGUCAUCGAUCAUGUCGAGAAGAAGGGUCGCAAGGGUGUGCACCCCGCCGCUAUUGCCGUGCCUGUCAUCGUCGGAGUGUUGGCCGUCGCGCUAGGUUUCUUUUGUCUGUGGAAGAAAAAUAAGGAUAAGAUUGUGCUGUCGAGGAUUAGGAGGCGGUCGAGUCAGGGCUAUGGUGUUAGUAAGAGCCGUACGCAGAGGGUGGGGUCGGGAGGUGUGGAUGGGACGGGGGUUCAUGAGGGGGAUAUUAAGCUGCAGGAGUCGCCGAGGUCAGAGGGGAGGAAUGUGUUUCAGGAGGAGUUGAGAAGGCAGGAGACGGGUGGGAGGUUCUAA